AUGGGACGCCUGUGCGUGGGUCUCAUUGGACCUGGCUUAAUCGGCAAAUCGCUGGUGCAGCAGCUGGGGCAGCAGACGCCCUACCUUCGUGACAAGCUGGGGAUCCACCUUUCGCUGGUGGCAGUCGCCAACUCUAAGCGGCAGCUGCUGGCUGAUGUGGACGCCGCGCCGCUGCAGCUGGCAGGCGACUGGCUUGAGCGGCUGCAGCUCCAGGGCGCCCCCCUCGACCUCCCGGCCUUUGCUCGCCACGUCAGCGCUCCUGGCGGUUGGGGCGUCAUAGUUGACUGCACAGCUUCCGACAGCGUCCCGGACCACUAUGAGUCAUGGCUGGGGUCAGGGCUGCAUGUGGUGACGCCCAACAAGAAGUACAGCGCCGCCCUGCGCGCGGCGCGCGGCGGCGGCGCGCGGCUGCUGGCUGAGGCGUCGGUGGGCGCGGGGCUGCCCGUGCUGAGCACGCUGCGCGACCUGGUUGAGACGGGUGAUCAAGUGACGCGCAUAGAGGGCAUCUUGUCCGGCACGCUGUCCUACAUCUUCAACACAUUCCGGCCCGGCACCCCCUUCUCAAGCGUCGUGGCCGCGGCCAAGGACCUGGGCUACACCGAGCCAGACCCCCGGGAGGACCUGUCAGGCAUGGACGUGGCCCGGAAAGUGGUGAUCCUGGCCAGGGCCUGCGGCCUGUCUACUGAGCUGGAAGACCUGCGGGUGGAGAGCUUGGUGCCCGAGCCGCUGCAGGCGCUGCCGGGCGCGGACGAGUUCAUGGCGCGGCUGCCUGAGUUCGAUGCUGAGAUGGCGCAGCGCGCGGACGCGGCGGCGGCGGAGGGCGGGGUGCUGCGCUAUGUGGGGGUGGUGGAUGUCGCCAGCGGCACCGCCAGCGUCACCCUCCAGAGCUUCCCCGCCGACCACGCCUUUGCCCAGCUGCAAGGCAGCGACAACCUCAUCGCAUUCACCACGCAGCGCUACGCCGCCACGCCGCUCAUCGUGCGCGGCCCCGGCGCGGGCGCGGCGGUCACGGCCGCGGGCGUAUUUGGGGACAUCCUGCAAAUCGCGCGGUCGGUCGCGCCGCGGCCGGCGGAAGCCGGAAAGGCGUGA